AUGGAGAAACCCGAAGAGAGGCCCGCGGACCUGGAGGCACGCGCUCCAGGCCCGGCCUCGGAGUCCCCCAAACACUCCACCAUUGCGCGACACUGGAAGCAAGACCUGAACCCCCGUCAUGCAGACUUUGUUUGUCUGCUGCUCUGCUUCUUGACCGGCCUUUGCGACAGCAGCGCGUACAAUGCCUGGUCCUGUUUCCUGGGCAUGCAGACGGGUAACACGAUCUUCCUUGGUCUUGGUGCAUCCAACCAGCCUUCCAGCAAGCCAUGGGGCUGGCUGAAGUCGCUCAUCUCCAUUGUCUCGUUUUUCACCGGCGCCAUGGUCUUCUCCCUCGCGAUGCGCUCGGUCGGCGCUCUCCGACGCGGAACCCUCUUCGCUUCGUUCUUGGUUCAGACGGCUCUGAUCAUCAUCGCUGUUGCCCUCAUCCAAGCCGAUCUGAUUCCCCACACCUCUGCCGACGCCUCGCUGGACCACGGGCCUUUGUUCUUGGAGCUCAUCCCGAUUGCAUUGUUGGCCUUCCAGUCGGCCGGUGGGAUGACUUGCAGCCGUUCGCUUGGAUACAAUGAGAUUCCCACGGUCGUGUUGACCAGCGUUUACUUCGACAUUGCCUCCGACCCCAAGAUCACGGAUAAACCCACUGCCAAUGUGAAGCGUAAUCGCCGCAUUGGGGGAGUGGUGUUCUUGCUCGUGGGAGCUAUUGUGGGCGGCUGGCUGAGUCGCAGCAGCGGAGGGAUGAUGUCUGCUUUGUGGAUGGCCGCGGGGCUGAAGUUUGUCGCGGCCCUUGGCUGGUUGGUGUGGAAGGGUAAAUAG